CUGUGGGCAAGAAAAUGUCACAUUAUCAAUGAUUCCUCUGCUAAGAAAUGGAUUGGCGCAGCUUUGCACCCUUUCACCGCAUUAUCAUUGCUUUUGGUUGACCAAGAAACGUGCCUAUUGGAAAGUCAAGGUUGGAAAGAUUCCACGAUGGUCAGAUUGUUCGAAAUCUUGCAACAAAUCUUGGUGAAAUCAUUGGAUCGAGAAACUCAAUUGUUGGAUGCAGUCAAAUCAAUUUGCGAUGCCAACAUCAAAGUUUAUCAAGAAAUAUUG